AUGGGACCCAGUGCCAGCCAAGGGGUGGGAAGGGGUCAGGGACGGCAGCCUGACCCCGCCCCUUUGCCCCCAAGUCGACCUCCCUCUUUACCACGCCGGGAGAAGGUCAUUCGAGGUCAGGAAGACUGUCUCUACCUCAAUGUGUUUACGCCAGAGGGCCCGCAUACAAAACUUCCAGUCAUGGUAUGGAUACACGAGGGAGCCUUCCUGGUGGGCGGGGUUUCUCAGCUUUCGCCCCGCCCACUCGUGUCCAGGGGCGUGGUUCUGGUUACUCUGCACUAUCGGCUGGGCACUUUAGGUAUGGGUGAUGUACAUGCACUCCUCUUUCGUAUCACUCUUCUCUUCGGGGAGAGCGAAAUUGAAAAAGUGGGGAAGAUGCACCACGAAUGCCGCAAGUCACACACAGAACGUUCAGAUGGACUCUGCAGGCGAAUGAUCAGUGACACAAGCUGCACCAAACAACUUUUCAUGAUGGUUGCAGAUAGCCAAAGCAUGACGUCACAGGAUAUCCCAAGCUAUGUAUGCAUUUUCCGUAAGAUUUUGGACAAAAACAUACGAGAAGGCAGUUACAGAGAUUAA